GUGAGUAGACCAAAGAAGAGUAAGUGGAGAAAAAGAAAACAACCAUCAACAUUUUGAACAGAAAUUUCAACCACUCUCACAUCAUCAUUCUAUGAUCAUCAUUUUUCUUCCUUUCUUUACCCCACCAACUCUCCACUCAAAAAUAAUAAAAAUAAAUAAAAGAAAAACAAAAAAUCAAUUCUCUCUCUUUCAAAGAAUUCCAUAUGUUAACUUUUGCUUCAAUUCAUCUUCAAUAGUUUUGAUAUUCUUCAAGAAACAGUUACUAUAUGCUUUCCCUUCAAUUCAUAUACUUGCUGUUCAAUGAUCAUAUUUCUUGCUAUAUAAAGUAUGUAUGUUGAACCCCUUUUAAGUUUUUUGAAACUUACAUAAAACAUCAUUUUGCCAACUUGGGUAUUUUUGUAUAUAUGGAUUCAUCAUCAUAUGAUCAACAAGGAAACAGCACUACUCGGUUUCGAUAUAACCCGAAUGAUGAUCAAGGUAGCACUGAAUUCUCUGGGAUUCUUGAAAUAUAUGUGCAUCAUGCUAGAAACAUUCAUAAUAUAUGUAUAUAUGAGAAACAAGAUGUGUAUGCUAAGUUUUCACUUACUUAUAACCCUGAUGAAACCUUUUCAACUAGGAUUAUUCAUGGUGGUGGUAAAAACCCUGAAUUUAAUGAGAAGUUAAUUAUCAAGAUUAAUCAGUUUGAUGCUGUUGUUAAGUGUGAAAUGUGGAUGCUUAGUAGAGCCAAGAAUUUUAUGGAAGAUCAACUUUUGGGCUUUUCUUUAGUUCCUAUUUCUUUAGUUAUUGGAAAAGGUAAUGAAUUGACUCAAGAUUUUAGUCUUUCUUCAACUGAUUUGUUUCAUUCCCCUGCUGGUACUGUUAAGUUGAGUCUGUCGCUGAGCACAGCUUUGUCAUUUAAUCAUAAUAUCAGGGGGUCAAAUGCAAAUUCGUCUAUUACGUCUGAGGUUGUGUUGUUGGACCCCAUUGAGUAUUCUAGGAUUGAGUUCCCGGAUAUGAAUGUAGUGAAACAGAAUCAAGAAAUGGUAUCCGAGUAUUUUGGGUUAUCGGGUCGUGGGUCAGCCCAAAAGACCGGGCUCAUUGGGCAUGGUUCGUUUCUUUGCUUAGGUGCUUCUGGUUCGGCUGAUGAUUAUGAAAUGGUGGCUAAUUCAGGCUCCAUUUCCCCUAAUGAUAGCAUUCAGAAUUCGGGUUUUUUUAGUUCAACAAUAACUAGUUUAAGUGAUGAUAGGAACUCGGCAGAUUCAUUAGAAAAAAAGAAUGAUUUGGUCACAGGUGAAUCGUCGAAUUCUGCUAAUGUAGAAAGUUUAGCCCCUAAAGAGGAACAAAGAGGAAAGAAAGAUGUUAAGGAAGAAUCAGAAAUGCAACAACAAAUAGUUGAUAUGUAUAUGAGAAGUAUGCAACAAUUUACGGAGUCUUUGGCUAAAAUGAAGCUACCAAUGAAUCUCGAAAAGACUGAAACAGAGGAUCGUGGUGAUGUUAUUCAGCGGCCGCUGAACAAUGUGGAGAUGGAGAACAAGAAGAAAGACGGUACACGUGUUUUCUAUGGCAGUCGUGCUUUCUUCUAGCGAGAUCGUUUGAUCGGUCCAGCAUUUGUAUAAUCUUUAAAUUAUGAGUUACAAAUUUCUCAUAUGAAAUUUGUCAAAUGUUUGUAGGCAAAUUUUAAGUGUUAACAUGUGAAAUUUUUUUUAUUCCUUUUUUGUAUUUGGUUUGGCUAUUGUUCAAAGGGUGAAGAAAUUGUCAUACUGUUGGUUUUUAAAGACAGAACAUGUAAUGACCCUUGUUAUAUAAAACGUGCAUUUGUUGUAUAAGUGUUAA